CAUGACAUCAUGCAUCAGCAACACCAUAGAUAACACAUGUCGAAGGUACCUCCCAGCGCGAAUCGAACCUUGUUGUAAAAUUCCCACAAACGAUUUUUCCCCGUUCAAGCUUCCGUGACCAUUCUAACAGUCCCACUAUCUGAACCCAACCAUGUCCCGCGCCCUCAGCAAGAACGAACACGCCCAGCACCUCGCCCAGCAGCACCAGGGCCAGCAACAAGUCGCCCGCGACGUCGAAACCACCGAGCACAAGUCGAGCGCCAAUGCCUCUGCCGGCCUAAACCUCAACGUCUUCGGCGCCCUGUCGGGCGCCCUCUCCUCCUCAAAGCGCAAAGAAACACACACUGCGCCCGACGGCUCCUCGCACACGGUCGAGGAUGCGCACGACAAAGCCGCGGCAGCAGGCCACGCCGCGGCCUCAGGCUCUGCGUUUGCGCAGGGCAGCGCGCAGGACGGGGUGAAGCACGAGAAGCGGCGCGAGGUGGCGCAGGCGCAGGAGCAGGGGAAGCUGGUUGCGGGGCAGCAGCAGCGGGUGGAUCAUCUGGGGAUUGGGAAGUAAGUGCCGAGGAGGAGGGAGAGCAGGAUUCGAUUGGAGUGAUUACAACUACGGAAGGGAAGAAAUGGUAUAUGCCACCAGCCAGAGACAGAAACAGAGACAGACAAACAGACAUGGCCUUGCCUGCAAACGCCGCAC